CUGGCCUCCGAUCGGCGGUCUUCUGCGCAAAGGCCAGACUGACACCUCCCCGUCGACACACUGUGAGCCGGUGCGAUGGGCGCCAGGGUGACCCGCGUGCUUAGCAAGUUUAACCUGGAAAACCGAGCGCACCGGGAAAUCAGCAAGAGCAAACCCACGCCUGCCCCGCACUACCCCGUCGCAGCCACGCCGGAUUGGUCUGCCAAUAUCCAAGAAGAGAUAAAGAAAAAAGAUGAAAAGCUUCUUACUUUGUUGAAGGAUGUCCGUGUUGAUUCCAGUGAUCCAGGCUUGCAAAAGAAAAAAGGGAGAAAUCUCCUACGUAAGCAGGAAGAUUACAGGCCGCUAAUAGAUGGACAGUUCAAUUAUCUGGACAUUCAGGCUGUUCCCAAAGGCAAAGUCUUGAUAGAGGAAGCCUUGACUCUUCUCAACAAUCAUCAACGCUCUCCAGAGACAUGGACUGCUGAGAAAAUAGCAGAUAAAUAUUCUUUAGAACUGAAGGAUGUGAAUAACCUUUUAACAUUCUUCAUCCCGUUUGUUAUGGAGUUCCUUCCUUACAAAGACCAGAAAACCCUGGACUCCAAAUAAAAAUUGCAAGAGAACUCUAGAGAGUUUGUCAACAUUCAACCAUAAUUACAUACAUAUAGUAAUUCUUCCUCCCCCAUCAAUCAAACAUAACAAUUUCAGUAGUAUAUUUUCUUUGGCACAUCUAUAUCAGCAAAACCAACCUGAUCAUUGAGCUAGGUGGGGGAGAUGUGCCGACAGCCAGUCAUGCAGUUUUCCUAAAUAUUCUAAAAAUGUUGGCUGCCUCAUGGAUGAUGUGUUCCAAAGCAUAUGUUCAUUACCCAGAAUCAGACAAUAAAAGUGCAGGUUCUUUGCACCUGA